AUGGUCCAUGCAAAGAAGAAUAUUUUAUUUUUAGUUUCGGAUGAUUUGAGACCCGAUCUUGGUGCCUAUGACGGACCAGAUGCGCCAUCUCCAGUUCAUCCAAAGAUGCACACACCAAAUAUUGAUGCGCUUGCUGCUAGAUCCCUCCUUCUUAAGCGAGCUUACGUCUCAGUGGCUUUAUGCAGUCCAAGCAGGACAGCCCUCCUGACCAGCAGACGCCCUGACACAAGCCACAUCUGGCUAAUCGGACCUUACUUUCGUCAGUAUGGAGGUAAUUUCACUACACUGCCCCAGUAUUUCAAACAAAAUGGGUACAGAACCAUAGGAAUUGGGAAAAUAUUUCACCAAGGCGCAUCCUCCGGAGGUGACGAUCCUGUUUCAUGGACUGAUCCCUACACCCAUGCUACUGAUGCGUACAGAACUAACAAUCUUCUUAUUGAAGCGGUCUCCGAGGAGAGAGCUAAGGCCCAGCCACUACAGGAUCAGAUUUUGGCAGAGUCUGCCAUUCUGGCACUAAAGAAGGUGGCCCCAAAAGCUAGGUCAGGUGAGCGUCCUUUCUUUCUGGCUGUGGGUUUCCGUAAACCCCAUGUUACGUGGAACUUCCCCGCACGCUUUAAGGACUACUAUCCUCUGGAAAGUCUGAAGCUACCACCAAAUUACUAUGCUCCUGUAGGAAUGCCUGCCAUUGCAUGGAAUAAUUUCAGUCGCCUGGCACGCUUCAAAGAUAUGCAAACCUAUCACUUGACAAAUGUUGGGAACAUUAACUUUACAUUUCCAACAACACUUACUCUGGAAAUGCGACAAGCUUAUUACAGCUGUGUGAGCUACGUAGAUUACGAGCUUGGUAGGGUCAUUGACGAGCUGGAUAACUUGGGUUUGACCAAUAAUACAAUAAUAGCCUUCUGGGGGGAUCAUGGAUGGCAAUUGGGGGAACAUUCUGAAUGGGAGAAAGAGACGAACUUUGAGGAUGCAACACAUGCCCCGAUGAUGAUUCGUGUUCCCGGGGUCACCGAUCAUGGUGUUGUCACUGAGAAACUAACAGAAUUUGUUGAUCUCUACCCUACCCUCGUGGAGGCUGCAGGACUUCCCAAACUUGGGCAGUGUCCACCAGACUCCCAGAAUGUCAGUCUGUGCACAGAGGGUACAAGUAUGGUGCCACUUAUGACGAACCCGACACUGGAAGCGUGGAAAACUGCAGCAUUCUCCCAAUACCCCAGAGGAGGCAACGGACUUGAGGGGGACAUUGUCAUGGGUUACAGCAUGAGGACAGAGAUGUAUCGCUACACAGAGUGGAUCAACUUCAAAGGCAGGCCUAUUUAUAAACCCAUGUGGGACCAACUACAGGGAGUUGAACUCUAUGAUCAUACGAAAGAUCCAGAGGAGAAUUGGAACCGAGCCGAGGAUCCAUCUUACAAAGACGUCAGGGUCGAGUUGUCCAGGAACCUGCAGUUAGGCUGGAGAGGGGCUCUACCUAGCAGACACGUCGGACAUCGUCAACACCACCUGUAA